GUCAUGCUCUUUGGUGCUGCCGUCUUCCGCAUGCGUGCUGAUUCCAGGGCUGAUCGAUAGAUCAUGGAUCCGGCGUGGAGGCAGCGGGGUCGGGGUCGGGGCCACCGUCCUCCUGGAGCCGUGGGGUCAGAGGUCAGAGGAGCGAGCGAGACAUCAGGAUUGUCCAGGUUUGAGGAGAUCAGGAGGUCUGACCAGGCGGCCGCCCGGAGACUGGCCACUGAGCCCCACAGCUCUUCCUCUGAGGAUGAGGAUGAGGAUGAGGAUGUUAGUGAAGAAGGAGGGAAGCGAGGGAAGAUUCUCCAGUCGGCUCUGUCUCCAUACAGCGUUCACUCAGGUGAUGUUGACAUCCGUCUGCUGGAGAAGACGCGUCAUUAUUUACAUGAAGUGUGUCAGUCUGGAGGAGUCACGUGUCUGAUCUGCAUUGCGUCUGUCAGGAGAACACAGGCCGUGUGGAGUUGUGUGGCUUGUUACUGUAUCUUCCACAUCACCUGUAUUCAGAAAUGGGCCAAAGACUCCAUCUUCCUGGUCUCCUCAGUGACCGACGAGGAUUUUGGCAAAAAAGAUCACCCGUGGCCGUGUCCCAAGUGCAGGUAUGAGUACAGUCCUCACCAGACUCCCACCAGAUACUACUGUUACUGCGGGAAGGAGGCGGAGCCUGUACCUGACCCCUGGCUCCUCCCACAUUCCUGUGGCCAGGUGUGUGAGCGCGAGUUCAGACCGCCAUGUGGACAUCACUGUCUGCUGCUGUGUCAUCCAGGUCCGUGUCCCCCCUGUCCUAAGAUGGUGAGUGUUUCCUGUCUGUGUGGGAAGUCGUCUCGUGUUCCGCGUCGCUGCAGCGCUAAAUCCUGGAGCUGCGCACAGAUCUGCAGACGGACGCUUCCGUGUCGAAUACACACCUGUGCAAACAGCUGUCAUGCAGGUGACUGUGCUCCAUGUCCGAGGGUCAGUCUGCAGACAUGUGCGUGCGGCCGGCAGCGGGCGGAGCGACCGUGUGCCAGUCCAGAGUGGCACUGUGACCAGGUGUGUGGACGUCCACUGUCCUGUGGGAAUCACACAUGUGAGCGUGUGUGUCACGCAGGUGUGUGUGGAGAAUGUCCUCGUGCUGGAAAUCGCUCCUGUUCGUGUGGCAAGACAAAGAGCGUAUUGCCAUGUACGGUUGAUGUGCCCACCUGUGGAGACACCUGCGGGAAGAAGCUGGAUUGUGGUUUACACACUUGCUCAAUGCGCUGCCACAGAGGAGCCUGUGAGACCUGCCGACAGGAGGUAGAAAAGACGUGUCGAUGUGGCCGCUACAGCAAACUCCUGCCCUGUCAUAAGGAAUAUCUCUGUGAGUCCAAGUGCAACAAGACACGGACCUGUAGCCGACACCAGUGCAAGAGAAAGUGUUGUCCAGGGAACUGCCCUCCGUGUGACAUGAGCUGCGGUCGAAUGUUGGGCUGCAGGAACCACAAAUGCCCAUCCGUCUGCCACCAAGGCAGCUGUUAUCCGUGUCCGGAGAUGGUGGAGGUGCGGUGUGAUUGUGGGUCGACUGUAAUCUCUGUUCCCUGUGGGAGAGAGAGGAGCACCAGGCCGCCGCGCUGUAAGGAGCUCUGCAGGAAGCCGCCGUCGUGCCAUCACUCAUCUCAGGAGAAGCACCGGUGUCACUCUGGCCCUUGUCCUCCCUGUAAGCAGCCCUGCCAGCGGCCGUUACCCAGCUGUGUCCACCUCUGUCCGGCUCCGUGUCAUGACCAGGUGCUGGUUAAAGCCGCUGACCGGGUCAUGCUGGCCGGUCCAUGGGAGCAACCCACAACUCCUGCAUUUGUGAGAACAGCUCUACCGUGUCCCUCCUGCAUGGAGCCCAUCCCAACAGCCUGUCUGGGAGAACACGAGGUGAGUCCGGUUCCGUGUCACACUCGUGGGCCGUUCUCCUGCGGCCGGUCAUGUGGACGGACUUUAGCGUGUGGGAACCAUAGCUGCAGUUUGGAGUGCCAUCGUGUGACUGCUGUGCCAAACUCGGACAAAACUAAGGCGGGUGUGGAGUGUGAGCAGUGUGAGGAGGGCUGUCUGAAGCCGCGUCCCGUGGGCUGCUCUCACCCGUGUGUUCUGGCCUGUCACCGCGGCCGCUGUCCUCCCUGUGGGCUGAUGGUCCGUCUGCGCUGCCACUGCAGGAUCUCCAGCCUCUACAUCGAGUGUUUGAAGUUCACGUCUGCGGAUGAUCAGGACAAACAGCUGCUGAGCUCCUGUCAGAAUCAGUGUCCCAAACAGCUGGGAUGCGGGCACCGCUGUAAGCUACUGUGUCACGCCGGCGACUGCGAUCAGAGCUGCGGUCAGCGAGUCAAGCUCAAGUGCCCCUGCAAGAGGAUCAGAAAGGAAUUCCCCUGUUCUCGUGCGAAAUCAGAGACUGACUUGGUCGUGUGUGACGAGACGUGUCGAGAGUUACAGAAGAAACAUGCAGAGGCUUGCGCAGCAGAGGAAAGAGCCGCGCAGGAGGGAGAAAUGAGAAAACAGCAGGCUGAACUGGAGGCGUUUGAGAAACGACAGAAAGGUCGGAGGAAGAAGAACAGGAAAGUCACAGAGGUGGAGACAGAGGAGGGGGUGUGGCACAGAUAUAAGCUCCGCCUCCUGAUGCCCAUCUGUGGCAUCCUGUUGGCCGUGGCGGCGUUCUGUCUGCUGCAGCUGACCAAUCAGGAGACGGACAGAGACUGAACGUACCUCAGCAGCUUCCUGAAUGUCAACAGUGUUUUCUUUUAGUUUCGCAAACUUUUUUUUCACCCUUUAGUUGACUUGCGUAGAUAAUUAGAAUACUAGUUACAUACAUAUGAUUAUUUAGUCUUCAUUUCAUCGUUUGACACAAUGGAAACUGUGAUUUUCUGAUAGAUUGUGCCUCACUUUUAUUAAAACUGUGAAGUUAAUUUAAAGCAUCGUGAUUUUAUUUCCAUUAUUAAGAUAAAAUGAUUCCAUGAGUGACAUUUGGGAGAUGUAACCUUAUAAUUGUUAAAAAUAAAGACUUUGUCUCAGUGA